ACGGUCUGAAGGGUGGUUUUAUUUGGUCAAUAUGGCGCAAGAACGAAAUAGCGAGGUACGCCGCAAAAGUUCAGCAAUGAGACGGGGAUUAUCUUUAUCAAGUUCGGAGGGCCCGAAUCUACUAGAAAAACUGAUACACAAUGCAUUUGACGUCUUUGACACUGCCAAAAUCCAAGAGGUGGAUGUCAGAGACUUGGGAACAAUGAUACGAUCACUGGGAUGUGUUAUGACUGAGGCAGAGUUGCAGGAAAUUCAAGUCCAGUUAGAGGAUGUGGAAAAUAAUUCCGUUUCACAAUCCAGAUUUGUAGAAUAUAUGACUAAAACCAUUAACGAACACAAAUUAAAGCCAGCAGAACCUGAGGAAUUAUUAAAAGCAUUCCAGCUGUUUGAUCCUGAAAACCACGGUUAUAUUAUGAGAGAUGAUUUGGCAAAAGCACUGAUGGAACUGGGAGAGCCUUUUACUCAAGACGAAGUAAAUGAGAUGAUGUUUGUAGCUUGUGACCCCGCAACGAACAGAAUCAACUAUGAACACUUCAUUAAUCUGCUCAUUGUUGAUUAUGAAUGAGACGGUACAAGAAACUAGAGAGAGGACGACUAUCAGGGUGUAAGAUGUGAUCCAAAGAUGAGGGACACGCCCAUCAAACGUGUCCUUUUGCAAUGUACACAUGAUUAUCAUGAAUAUAAAAAUCUGGUGUUUUCCAAUUUUUAUACCUGAAAAAGUACAGUACUCACAACAUGA